GUGUUAUUUAAACGGAAAUUAAGUACAGAAAAUUUCGGUUAUAUGGUAGUUAAAUUAAGUCUGCCGGUAAUUAAAUAGUUGAGACAGUUUUUAUUCCAAGAAUCGACAUUUUCUAUACAAGCUGUGGCUGAGUCUUAUACAAAUUGUUCAGUGGCGAGAGUGAACAGGAUACAUUGCAAGUGAGCGAGAUAAAUAGAACAACAGUCUGGAAACCACGGUUUACCUGCGGCCGACAAAGAGUGCAGGUGACCGCGUAUGGACAAAGGAUCGUCUGAGCCGACUAAACAGAGCAAUUAGUGGGGAUGCAUCCAUCAUCAGAUAUCCGGGUAGCGCUGAAAUUCUACUGGCCGAACCAUUCUCGGCUGGUUGGAAGAACGAGUCCGGAUCGCGGACCAUCUAUAAACCUUGAAACUCGCUUCUUCGAUUAUAUUUGAUGUUCACCUGCAAAGGUUCGGUAUACGAAACUUGGCAACAGUUCUCAGCGCUACGAGCAACUUUCGAGGCCGCGUGUCGUGAAAGCGUGCUCCUCGUUACACGAUGUUGGCUGGACAGACCAAGUCGCGGGUUUACCUCUCGUUGAAGCAACGGCUCGACAUCUUAAGGCAAUUGGAAGAUGGUGUUUCGAUGACUCAGUUGGCCAAGGAGUACGAGAUCAGCGACGCAACGAUACGUCGCAUCAGGAGCCAGGCAGACCAGAUACGAAAACAAUCGCAGACCCCAGGAAUUAAAGAUAGAAAGAAAUUUUCGAAACCGAAAUUAGAGAAGUUAGACGCUAGUCUACACGCGUGGUACCAAGAUCAACGUGUACUCGAUGAUUGCAUCACCGAUGCUAUACUUAAAGAGAAGGCGAUAGAACUCAACAAGGAGUUAGGCGGUCCGUCGACGUUCACGGCCAGCAAAGGUUGGAUAUGGCGGUUUAAACAUCGCCAUGGCAUCAGCUUCCGCGAACUUAACAGCGAGAACGUAAACGUUGACACGAGGGAGACGGAGAAGUUUAUCCAAUGCUUUUUACAAUGCCUGGAAGAGAAAGGUGUAGAGAUGCAAAAUGUUUACAGCAUGGAUGAAACGGGUCUGAUGUGGAAGGCUUUUCCUCGAAAAACGCUGAUCGACGCUACAGCAAGGAGAGUCUACGGGAAAAGGAUUAAACAAAACCGUGUCACCGUGGGACUGUGUGCAAACGCCAUUGGAACGCACAAGCUACCGCCUCUUUUCAUCCACAGGUGCGAGACGCCUAAAGCGUUGAAGCAUUGCAAGGACCGUUUGUCAGUCGUUUUCAAAGCCCAAAAAAAUGCUUGCUUGGAUCAGACUGUGUUCACCGACUGGCUGGAGAAGCAUUUCAAACCGGCCGUCAGAAAAUACCAUCUCGAGGCUGGUAUUUACGGAAAGGUGCUGUUGCUGGUGGACAAGUGCAGGGCUCAUAUGUUGUCGCCGCAACUGCAAUUGCAGAACGACAACGUCGAAGUUGUAUACCUUCCCACCGACACGUCGUUGUAUCUGCAUCCAAUGCAGCAGGGAAUAAUGAAAAGCGUGAAGGUAUCGUUUCGUCGACGUAUACUGAAUCGGAUUUUGGAUUUUCCAGGCGGUGUGGCGGAAUUCUAUACCGAUUACGACGUGAAAGACUGCAUAGACUUGGUUAGCGAGGCCUGGACGGACGUCACGCAGGUCGACAUCUACAAUUCGUGGAAAAAGUUGGUGGGGUACGAUGCAACGUUGUUGAAAGGGGCGAGGGAAGGACAGAACAACGAGCACCCUUAUAACCCGACGGAUAUCAGCUCGAUCAAAGAUACGUUAAAAGCGAUUAUAAACGAGACUGUUUCCGACAAGCAAGUUGAAAAGUGGCUAUCGAUCUGCGAGAAUGUCGAGCGUGAUCCGGACGAGUUCGAAUUGGAAGAGGAAGACUUUCCGAUCGAGAAGCCGGAUCUGCAUCGAGACGAGGAUGAAAUCGACCGGACGAUUGCAAAGUUAAUACUGUGGUCCGAAGGGCAAUCUGAUUUUGUUAAGUUGCACGCGCGUUUAGUAAAAGAUUAUUACGACCUGGUGCAACGAUGAAACGGGGACAACAUUCUUCGCGUUUUACCGCUUGUACAUAAUUUGUGUAUUGUAAACUUUCUAUUUCAGAGUGCCCCAGAAAUAAAAAUUUAAAGGAGUUAAUUUGGGUGAUUUAGGAAGUCUGGAAACUGGUAUUUUUCCAACAACAUCGGGAGAGGUUUGUUAAAAAUAUUGAGAGACUUCUGUUAACUGUCGAGGAAAGAAAUGAGGCCCAAUUAAAAAUUCGUCGUGCGUGCCCAACCAAACGUUGCAUUUUAAUUGGUGCUGAUACGAUCUUCGUCGAAUAACGUGUGAAUUUUCGUUUGCCCAUACAUGAAUAUUAUGUAAAUUAAAUAUUAAAAUAAGUAUAUGCAAAUUUUAUAUAACGUUUCUAUUUCCUUUCGCGUAGAUAAUAUUUUGGCCGAAACAGAAAUAGAUUAAAUUGGCGCGUUCGGGCGGAAGUAGACAUAGACUGAGCUAAAGUAGUAGCAGAGGGAGCUACCGUUAACGAGGCAUAUGAACUCGCGUUAUCACAAUCAUAAACAGGGUUCGCGCUCUCUAACUUAUAGUCAUCCAAGCAUUA